AUGAGGAAGAAGCUCGAUACCCGCUUCCCGGCUGCUCGCAUAAAAAAAAUCAUGCAAGCUGAUGAGGAUGUUGGCAAGAUAGCCCUGGCAGUGCCUGUCUUAGUGUCUAAAGCAUUGGAAUUGUUUUUGCAAGACCUUUGUGAUCGUACUUAUGAAGUUACCCUUCAUAGAGGAGCGAAGACCAUGAGUUCACUCCACCUAAAACAUUGUGUCCAAAGCUAUAAUGUGUUUGAUUUUCUGCGAGAAAUUGUUAGCAAGGUUCCUGAUUAUGGCCAUGGUCAUGGCCACCCUGAUGCACCUGCGGAUCACAGAGUCCUUCAUAAGAGGAAGCCCAUUAUGGAUGAAGGCAAUGAGAGCGAUGAAGAAAUGAAGAGAAGCAGGAUGCAUGAUACAAGCCACACAGUCGUUACUGGUCGAGGGAGAGGUCGUGGUCGAGGGAGAGGUCGUGGUCGAGGUGCUCGAAACGCGGAUAGAGAAUUGGCUCAUCGUGAGGCCGACUCUGAAGCUGCUUGUACUACUCCACGCGGCAACAUCCCAGUUCCUGGAACGAUGAUAGAUGACGGAAUGGAUUCAAAGGAGAUGUUGGUGAAAGAGCCUAUGGAAGCAGUUACAGAUGGUACAGCCAAUCAACCAGAACGAAACUUCGAUCUUAAUGCUGAGGUCAAAGACAACAACGAAGACACGAAAGCUGCAGCAGCAGCAGCGUUGCCAGCUUCUUCAGCAAUAGGGCCUGUGCCUGCUGGCCAAGGUUCGUCCACGGCACCAGAAACCACCACCCACGAAGAAUAUCCAGGUUGGUCGCUUUCAGAAGUCGACAAGAUGGCUAUUGAUCCCUUACAGCUGGCCCAGAUGAGCUCUAGGAUGGACGAAGAGGAAGAAGACUAUGACGAAGAAGGAUGA